AUGGUUAUCAGCGGCAUCUGCUGUCGCAAGUAUCCUCUCACGCUCGCCCAUCUCUGCGUCCCCAACCCUCAUCGCUCGCCUCAUAGUCAGGCCCUCUGCCUCUCCCGCCUCCAAGGCUGUCAAGUUGCCCUCGCCUUCGCUGAAGCGGUCUCCCGAGCCGUUCCUUCCCUCAACCACCUCUUCAUCCCCCGCCAGGGCCGCCUCUCAAUGUACGACACCCUGAGCGACUUGAUCCCUGCUGCCGUCCGCUCGCACAGCCAAGUCGUGGGAGGGUACGGGGUGAGGGAGGUGGAGUUCAACAAGAUCCUCGAGCACAACGUCUUCCCCAAGAUCCGCGACCGCUGCAUCCUUCCCGACGACGUGGAGGCGACGGACUUCUCGAGGAGCAGCAGCGCGCGCUACUUCUUCUCCAACCGCCGCUGGAGGAACCCCGACGACCCCCGCGAGCUCCAGGAGCUCCGGCAGGCCUGGCUCAAGCUCCGCCAGCUCGCGUGGAGGCUCGGGGCGGACGUGAGCCUGGAGGCGUUGGAGCAGUGCUGCCGGGAGAGGUACGGGACGUGGGUGGAGAUGACGACCAACUGGAGCAAGGCGGCGCGUCGGGUGUACCGCAAGAAGCGCAGGAGCAGGAGAGAGAUCGCGGACGGGUCAGCAGACUCUCUGUUAUUUUCGUCGUCGCUGUCGGGGGAGAGUGAAACCGAGAGCAUGGAAGAACAACAUGUAUGGGAUGUCGGCGGGUGCUGCCUGAGGUCUUGGACCAAGGCAGUCACUGCAGGGCUGAAGACACGUGGCUGUCGAGGUUAG